AUGCAGCCACUCCUACUCCUGAUGGCCUUUCUUUUGCUUCCUGGGAUGGAACAGAUCAUCGGGGGCACAGAGAGCAAGCCACACUCCCGCCCCUACAUGGCCUACCUGGAAAUUGUCACCUCGCGGGAGAAGCAGGUGGCUUGUGGUGGUUUCCUGAUAAGAAGCGACUUUGUGCUGACGGCUGCACACUGUGCAGGAAGGUCUGUAACAGUCACCCUCGGAGCCCAAAACAUACAAAAGUAAGAAGAUACAUGGCAGAGGAUUGAGGUCAUAAAACAGUUUCCUUACGCAAAUAUGACCCUGAUGGUCUCCACGACAUCAUGUUACUGAAGGUGCAAAUUCUUCUUCCUCUUCCCCGCUCCCUGUUCUCCAGGUUUCCUUCCCCUCUUUCUGUUCUCCAGGCUUCCUUCCCCUCUCUCUGUU